AUGUCUUACCAGUACAAGCAACCCUGUAUGCCUCCUCCCGUUGGUGUGAAGGGCGCCAUGACAUAUGGGAAUGCCUACUAUCCAGGACAAGCUGUCUGUAUGACAUCUCCUCAGAGGAAGAACACAAGCCCUUGUUCCCCCACAUGCCCAAAUGGAUGCACAAGCCCCAGAAGUCCUGUCUGCAUGUCAAAUGGCCAUUCCCAGGGCUCUCCUGUUUACCCGCAUAGUCCUAUCUGUCUGAGUCCUCUCUAUUCCUCAAAUGUGAGUCCAUGCGCUAAUUCAUGCACAUGCGCAAGCCCUAGCAAUUCUGCCCUCAUGGCAAACGGCCAGCCCCAGUGUGCCCCGGUUUGUCCGGGUGGUUCUAUCUGCAACAUCGCACCUCUCCAGACCCAAAAUGUGAGCCCAUGUGCUAGCGCAUGCGCAACCCCUGGGCAGGGUCCCUGCUCUCUCAUUCGCCAGAGCUCAGUUGGCUCCGUUUGUGUCAAGCCACAGCAGUCCCGAAGCGACUCCGUUGGCCAAUAUACUCGUGGUCCCAUCUGUGUGACAUCGUUUCAACCCCAGAGCUGCGGUUCAUGCGCCACUGCGUGCCCAAACCCUUGUUGUUCUGUCUGUGUGGAACCAAGCAAGACCGAAAGCACUGCUUCAUGUGCUACCACUGAUGCUGGAGAAAAAAAGUGUGCUACCACCUGCCAGGAUCCCUGCAACAAUGCCUGUGUCACACCAUGCUCUCCUACAUGCGCUGCCCCAGGUGGCACCAAAAGGGGCAGUGAUAGCUCUGACUCCCUUGAGGAAGUGAAAUCUGGAUCUACCAAACCAUGUGCAAAACCAUGCGCAAAACCAUGUGUCUUUGCUGGCUGUGACCACGUAUGUGGGAAGACCCGUCCUACAAUCACCCUGAAUCGAUGUGUCCUAAAGAAGUGA